CUACCAUCGUCUCCAGCCAUCAGAUCUGCCGCUUUCGCCCCUCUAUCGUGUGCCGCCGGUCUCUGUUGCCGGUAAUCGUGAAGCCACCGGCGACCAUCCGGCAACCCUCGCGAGCGCCUCACUGCCACCGCCAUCAACCUACUUAGAAUACAUGGCUCAGAUCAGAUGGUGCAAAAUACAAAAUCCUGAAUCAGAAUCGGUGAGGAAAGGAUCAAACCCACAAGCGAUCAUCGUCAUCAUCAUCACAUCAUCAUGAAAUCGGACAUUAGCCUAUGGAAAAAUCUGUUGGAUACGUGGGAUAUAAGGGGAUUAAUCAUCUCGUCUCUUUUGCUUCAGGCUCUUUUAGUCCCAUCCGGUCCUUUGAGAAAGCGUACUGCCAGUGGGUUCGUCCUUUUCCCCCUCUGGCUUGCCUACUUGCUCGCCGAUGCAGUGGCCCCUUUCGCUGUUGGACUCAUCUUCAAGGCCCAGCAACACAAGCAGGAUGACCUCUCUGUUCAUCCAUCUGACCCUAGUUACGACAAUGGCGAUCUUUUCCCAUUAUGGUCGGCCUUCCUAUUGCUCCACCUCGGCGGCCCCGACACUAUCACUGCCUUCGCUCUCGAAGACAACCAGCUCUGGCUCCGCCACCUUCUUCAGCUACUACUCCAGUCUGUCACAACUGUUUACAUCGUUAUCCUCACACUCCCAGCAAACAAGCUUCGGCUUCCCACCUUUCUGGUGUUUCUUGCGGGCCUCAUCAAAUACUCAGAGCGAACGCGUUCUUUGUAUCUCGCCAGCACCAAUAGAUUUAGGGAGGGUUUGCUCUUCGAGCCUCAUUUUAGUCCCGUCUUCACUAGGCCCAUGCACCAUUACAACCCCUGCGUGAGUCAAACAAACAUAGAGUUGAUUGGGAAGCCAACUAGGAGGAUACUCGAUCAAGACGAUAAAGAUGACUUGUCCUAUAUUGAAGUGAUCAAGUAUGCUCAUUAUUUUUUUCGAACCUUCAAUGUCCUCAUUGCGGAUAUCAUUUUAGGCUUCAUGGAGCGGGUCGAGAGCCAGUACUUCUUCCUCCACAGAACUGCCAAGGAUGCCUUCAAACUAGUAGAGGUGGAGCUCAAUUUCUUUUAUGAAAUUCUCUACACCAAAGCUGGGGUGAUCCAAGGCUUGACUGGAUAUAGCCUCCGGUUUGUCUCCUUCGGCUCAGUCGUAGUAGCGCUUUUGCUAUUCGCUUUAGAGGAAAAGAAAGAGUUGCAUCCAACUGAUAUCAGAAUUAGCUACGCUCUGUUUACUGAAGGCAUUUCUCUUGAUAUUAUAUCUUUCUUUAUGCUGAUUUUAUCUGAUUGGACAGCGGUUGCACUCACCAAAUCGAAGGACCCAUCUAGGGUCACUAGAUUUUUGGGCAAUCUGCUCUUCGUAAAGAGGCAAAGGUGGGUUGAAGACACUUCAAAGCCUUAUUCCUUUCUCUUGAAUCUGGUUUUGCCUUUCCGUCGGAGAUGGUCGGAAUGCAUCUCUCAGUUCAACUUAAUCCAUUGCAGUCUCCACCCUCGUUCGGAAAAGAUGGAAAAAUUCAUCCACUUCUUUGGCCUUACCAACAUUCUAGACGGGCUCAAGUAUGUUAACACGGAAAGAUUUGAGACGGGGCUAAGGGACUUCAUAUUUGAAGAACUAAGAUUAAAAUCUGAGACGGUCCAUGACAUAAACAUUGUCAACCAGAUAAGUUCAGCCAGAGGCGACUGGGUUCUCCAGGUUGAAGGUUGCGAUGCCUUGCUUCCACAUGUUCUUGAUGUUAAUUAUGUUGAUAGCCUCCUACUGUGGCAUAUUGCUACUGAGAUAUGUUAUAGUACUGAUCAUGAAGAAGGCGGCCACGAUGACAACAAGAAGAAUGAUUAUUGCGAGUUUGCCAAACUCUUGUCUGAUUACAUGUUGUAUCUGUUGUUUAUGCAACCAAAUAUGAUCCCUUCUGUUGCAGGGAUUUGGCAAAUAAAAUUCAGGAAUACCUGUGCUGAGGCUAAGAAAUUCUUCCGUAGAAUGGAACUACGGAAGUGGAGAGAAGAGAAGAAACCAUUCUUGGGGAACAAAGAGAAAAAAAGAUUGGAUGUCGAGCACAUAGAAGCUUGCAAACAUAUCCUUGCCAUUAAAGAAGAAGAUGAAUGGUCUGUGGAGAUAGGUAAAAACAAAUCGGUUUUGUUUCAGGGAAGCAUACUGGCCAAGGAGCUAAUAAAAUUAGAGACGGAGGAGAGAAAGGACAAAUGGAAGAUAAUGAGCAAAGUUUGGGUUGAGUUGCUAUCUUAUGCAGCUUAUCAUGGCAAUGGCAGUAGUCAUGUUGCACGGCUUAGUAAGGGUGGGGAACUUAUCACCCUUAUGUGGUUGUUGACUGCUCACUUAAGCUUGCGAGAGUAGAUUCAAAUCUAUGUAAGGUCAUCAUGCCAGGAUACUCAUUUUUUGUGAACUUCUUGUUUCAAAUUGAAAAAAAGAAAAAGAAAAAUUAAUGUGUCUUUUCAUGUGUUGUUCUGUUGGUGAUUUUGGCAAAACCAUUAUCAAUGAGGAAUAGUGAUAGUAUGUGAGCCCCAUUUAAAAGGAGCACACUCAUGAUAAUAUUGAAUUAAAUUCAAGUACAAUCAUUACAAAACAUACAAAAUAAACUACCAUCUAAGUAUUUAAAUAGAAACUCUUCAGUUGGUUGUCACAAUUUAGAUUUUGUUCGAAGACUUAUUUAAUAUAUAUGUUAAUGAUUAUAGGAGGAACGUUUGGGUAGUAGACUUCUUUGCCUCGGGUCCGUCUUUGUCUCCACAUCUUCAUUUCCAUACUUGUCCCUCUGUUUUAUGGAUUUUUUUUUUUUUAAUCCUUUGUCUUCGUCUCCAUUGGUUAACGGGAAUCCAUGCUUGUACUUGCUAACUUUCAUAUUAAAAAAUAACUAAAUACAUUCAUAUUAAAAAAUAACUAAAUACAUUCAUAAUUUUAAGGGUAAAUUGUAAUGCUCACCCUUAAAAUUUGACAUAAUUAUCAGAGCACCUCUCAAAUUUUUG